UUUGUGUUAACAAACUCGUCCAGCAUGCAUCCAGCCAUCCAAUGCCGUGUUUGUGCCACCUCCGAUGUCGGGUGCAUCUUGGUGAACAUUUUCGAUAAACACGGCCAACAUGAAAGUGUUGCUGACAUGCUUUUGGAACUAGCGGAUGUUACGGCCGCUGAAGAUGAUCAAUUCCCUCAUCAUUGCUGCACACAAUGCCACCAAGAUCUCGUUCAAGCUGUAACAGUAAGACGGAAAUGUAUUGAAUCAGAAAAAUUACUAAGGAUAUGCAUUGAAUCUGGCUACUCCAAUGAACAAUACGACGAUAAUCAAUUCGAUAAUUUGUCAGUUGCUUCCUCUGAUCGAGAGGAUUCAACGUUAGGGAAAAGUCCAUUCUACCAUUGCUGUGAGUGUGGCACGGAUUUCUUCGAUUCCGAUACACUGCAGAAUCAUUACGAGUCAAUGCAUGCCAAUGCGGUCCACGGUUGGGAGAGCUUUGGCAUCAGUGAAAUCUCCCUUUACGAUAGCACAGACGAUGAAGUUGAGGAUACUCCAUCGAAGGAUAGUGUACCAUAUGAAGAUAAAGGCAUACCUCACCGCUGCUGUGGCUGCAAGCCCUACGCCUGCAGCUUAUGUGAACAUCGUUUCAAGCUGCUCUUGUAUCUCAAUCGGCACAUGAAAUGGCAUAGAGGUGUGUACACGUGUAAGCAGUGUGGGUUGCGCGUCAAGAGCGCAUCCAGCCUGAGUAAUCAUAUGGCUAGUCAUACUGGAAUUCAACAAUAUAGUUGCUCUAUAUGUUGCUCCAAAUAUCGGUACAAAGAAUCCCUCAAAAAACAUUUGAGGCGGAAGCACGGCCGAUCAACUAGAAGAAGGGACCGAAGCGAGUAAAACACAAUCAAAUAAAAAGUAACUGUCGUUUGAUGACAAGCAAUGUAA